AUGGACACGAAUACAUUGCUUGCUCUCGCUCAAAGUGCCGUGGACGCUGGUAAUGUGAAGGCUGCCUGCGAGUUCUAUGAAGUGGCUCUCGCCCAAUCUCCAAACAAUGACGAGGUGCUGGAGGCUUAUGCAGAAAUUAUGAUUCACCACGUCCAGGACAUCCCUCGCGCGCAGAAGAUGCUUCGCCAUGCGAUUAGCCUCAAUCCGAAUCAGGGCUACGUGAAGUAUCUGAAUUUAGCACAACUCUGUGAGGCCGAGGAGGCACUUAAGUGCUACGAAAAGGCGUACGAGAUUGCAAGUCUCAUGCUGCACGGAUGCCGAAAGAAGAGAAUGAGGAAGACACUGGAGGAGACCAUGGCGACCAUGUGCUGUGCCGUGGCGGAGCUCUACCUGACUGACCUCUGCUUCGCAGAAAACGCCGAGCAGCAGUGCGAGCAGGCUGUAAACCGCGCACUGCAGUUAAAUAGCGAGAUUGUGGAGCCACACCAGCUUCAGGCGUCCCUCCGCCUGAGUCAAUGUCGCCCCGACGAGGCGCUACAGUCACUGCGUCGUGCCGUAGAUGUAACGCAUCGCCUUGGCGAGGAGUACCAGCCCACGUACGAGUCCAAGAUUGAGCUUGGCCGACUGCUGAUGCAGGUUGACCCAGCUGAGGCUUUUCAGUUCCUCCUUGAGGUGCUUCAGUACGGUGACAACAAUCCCUACGUAUGGUUCCUGCUCGGCGAGAGCGCACGCUUGCGGGGACGGUACGUUGACGCGGCACGCCUGCUGAGGCGCGCGCGUGUGAUGCUCGUCGUGUCCGGCGGCGACGCGACUGCACUGAGUGAGGUGGACGCGGCCAUUAGCGUUUUGGUGGAGGAGAUGGGUGGCCCGGAGGCGGCGGCGCAGGUAAAAGACCUAGAUCACCCCUAUCCGCUUGAGCUGCUUCAGGUAGAAGACGACCAGGGCGCAGAGGAGGACGACGACGACGAUCUGGCAGAGCCGGAGCACGAGGCGUGUGACGGUGAGGACGACACCUAG